CUUCCUCCCUCCGUUUCUUUGUGUUCACGGUAACGGCGAAAGUAAGCGAGGUAACGCGGGCUCUCGCCCCCCUCCUUGCCCUCGACUCCCACCGCCCGGAUCCCAAAACCCUGACUGUGGCGACAGCGAAAGCGAUCGGAAAGGCUAGAGGAAGUGGGAAUUGAGUCGAGCUCCACAGCGAUCGAUCGAACACGGGAUCGGACUGGUCACGGAGGCGGACGCGCUCGCCUCGUUAGCUGUCUCUUUACGCAACCGAUCGGGGCGAGUGGCCCUCGUCGCGCCACGAUCGGAGCGGAGCGCAGGCCCCGGGAGUAUUUGAUUGGGCUUGGGGGAGGAGGUUGAUGUGAGAGCGGCGCGACGGCAUGGAUCGGGCGGCGGUGGCGAUCGGUUCGGCCUUGGAUAUGCCGAUAAUGCACGACAGCGACCGGUACGAGCUAGUGAGGGACAUCGGUUCGGGGAACUUCGGGAUAGCCAGGCUAAUGAGGGACAAGCAGACCAGGGAGCUGGUGGCCGUCAAGUACAUCGAGAGAGGCGAGAAGAUAGAUGAAAAUGUUCAAAGAGAGAUAAUUAACCACAGAUCUUUGAGGCAUCCAAAUAUCAUCAGGUUCAAAGAGGUUAUUUUAACUCCAACCCAUCUUGCUAUUGUAAUGGAAUAUGCCUCUGGUGGCGAGCUUUUCGAGCGUAUCUGCAAUGCUGGACGUUUCAGCGAGGAUGAGGCACGAUUCUUCUUCCAGCAACUAAUAUCAGGAGUCAGCUACUGUCAUUCUAUGCAAGUAUGCCAUCGUGACUUAAAGCUGGAGAACACCUUACUAGAUGGAAGUACUGCACCACGUCUGAAGAUAUGUGAUUUUGGAUAUUCCAAGUCAUCGGUUCUUCAUUCACAACCAAAGUCGACUGUUGGAACUCCUGCAUACAUUGCUCCUGAAGUGCUACACAAGAAGGAAUAUGACGGCAAGAUCGCUGAUGUGUGGUCUUGUGGAGUUACUUUAUAUGUAAUGUUAGUUGGCGCAUAUCCUUUUGAGGAUCCAGAAGAGCCUAAAAAUUUUCGAAAGACAUUAGAGCGUAUAUUGACUGUUCAGUACUCAAUUCCAGACUAUAUUUAUGUAUCUCCGGAGUGUCGACAGCUAAUCUCAAGAAUUUUUGUUGCCAAUCCUGCCACUAGAAUUACAAUUCCCGAGAUACGCAACCACGAGUGGUUCUUGAGGAACCUUCCUGCAGAUCUGAUGGAUGACAACAGGACGAGCAACCAGUACGAGGAGCCUGAUCAACCAAUGCAAAGCAUUGAUGAGAUAAUGCAGAUCUUAGCUGAGGCAACCAUACCUGCAGCUGGCACUCGUGGACUCAAUCAGUACCUGACAGAUGGUCUUGACAUUGAUGAUGAUUAUGAUGAUAUGGAGGAUUUGGACUCUGAUCCUGAUCUUGAUGUCGACAGUAGCGGAGAGAUGAUUUAUGCCAUGUAAACUUGUGGUUGGAUCAGCACACUAACCAUCUUGAGCUAUAUGGGGGAGUAGAUGUUUGUUGUGGUCCUUUUGCUCACACGAGGUAUCAAAUCCCAGUUCUCAUCUUUCCUCAUCUCAAGGGACUUGUAUUAAAGCAAAUGCAUAGAACCUUGACCGCAGUCUGUUGGGCCCAGUGCGUUCCUGCAUACCAAUUAUAGUUGUAUAUUAUCUUCUGGGAUUUCUGCUUAUUAUCUACUAAUAGCUAAGUAAUUGGUGCUCUGUUA